AUGCUGCUUGGCUGGCUACCCGUCAAUGUUUGUGACAACUGCAAGCGGCAUCGGUCAGAGUGCAUUUAUGAUCGUGUGCCGCCCCUGACCACGCCGGUGAUUUCAUCUGCUCCAUUUCGUCCCGAAUCUGCAGAGGCUCGCGUUGCUGUCGCCAUUGCCCGCAAUAUCGAGAACUCACAUCUCUCUGAUCCCCCAGAGUCACGAGAGCGGCGCAUUCUGGAAACGAGGUUAAUGUAUCAAUAUUCAACAUCAACCGGCACCACCAUUGCCAUUGAUGACAAGUCCAAGGGGCUGUAUGUGAACAUGGUUCCAAGGCUGGCCCUGACCUCGGAUGCAUUGUUGUACUGCAUGUACUCACUUGCCGCUUUGCAUUGCAAGGUUGUUGGCGAUCUGAUGGGGCUCGUCAGUCGCGAUGCUCAUCGAAAGUAUCUCUCCAUGGGCUUGCGAGAGCAUAAUCUAGCCAUUGCAAACAUAAGCCCCGAGACUGCAGACGCAAUAUGCUUGACCUCGACUCUCCUUCGAGUCUGCUCCUUCAUUUUGCUACAGGACCGGCUGCGCCAGCCAUACACCCCGCCAGUGGAGUGGUUAAUGAUGAACGCGAGCACCAAGGCCAUUGUCGGCACAGCAUAUGAACUUCCCGGCGGAAAAGAAAAGUCUGUUGCCGCAAUGAUGGUUGGGCUCUCCCCUCUCGUGUCCAACGAGCAAAUGCGAUUUGACCCAGUUCAGAGACGGGGCUUCGAACCAUUACUCCAGCGGGACGAGAUUCGGGAUGCCAGCGAGCCUUGGGAUCCUGAAUCCCGAGAUGCAUAUGAAUCUACAUUGAGCUACCUGGGCGGGGCGAUUGAAACAGAACGAGUUGGGGAUAGACAUGACGGCCUCCGGAGGCUCAUUAUAUUUCCCAUGUUGGUAAAAGGGAGGUUUAUAGAACUGGUUCAAGAGGGGCAACCUCGGGCGACUAUUUUUCUGGCGUACUAUUUUGCUCUUUUGGCCUUACACAAGGACAGAUGGUGGAUUGGAGAAGCAGGGGCUCAUGAAGUACGAGCAAUGGCGGCCCAUUUCACUGACCAGUGGCGAACGUUGCUGAACUGGCCGUUGAGAGUUGUUGAAACAGGCGAAGUCCCUGCAUUUGGCUGA